GUUCAUGAGAACAAAACCAACUGUUUCUACACAGAGGAGUAGGAUCUUAUUCAACAUCCGAGCAAAUUUGCAAUGUGCUGCCUUUUUAUUGUCAUUCUUUUCAUUUCAAAUGUUGGCAGUCAGGCAUCAAUGAAGUUUUGUCUUCAAACUGGAGCAUCUGUCACCAUUCCAUGUCAUUACGAUAGGAAAUAUGUACAUCAUAGGAAAUACUGGUGCUAUAAUAAUCGUGUAUCAUUCGGAUCCUGCAAAAUUCAGGCGUAUACCAGUGAGACACAGGGGAAAGUGACAGUGACUGAUAACCCAGCUGAGAGUCUCUUUACUGUGAUGAUGAAAGAUCUCCAGACAGAAAACACUGGAUGGUACUGGUGUGCUGUAGAGAUAAAUGGAUUGAGAGAUGUUAAUGAAAAUCUCUACAUCACAGUGAAAUCAGAUCCUGAUCUGUCUGUGAUGGAGAGCAGAGUGAGUGGUGAGCAAGGAUGCAGUGUCACAGUCCACUGUCUCUACAGCGCUGCGUAUCGGAAUACACAGAAACAGUGGUGCAGAUUUAAAGACAAGCGCUGCUACAAUGUGGGGAGGACUGCCACAUCCCAGAAUUCAGCAGUGCACGUCCAUGAUGAUGGGAGAGGAUCCUUCAGUGUGCAGAUGAGGGGACUGAAGAAGAGUGAUGCUGGCUGGUACUGGUGCAGUGCAGGAGAUCUGCAGGUUCCUGUUUACAUCAGUGUCUAUGGUGAUGCUCCAGAUUCGUCAGAUUCCAAAGAAUGCAUAAAGCCAGAGAUGUUCUGUAUUGCACACAGGUGAAAGAGGUGAUCGUGGUGGCAUUGGGAAUUUAUGAAACUGGAACAUUCUCUUUGUGUUCACAACUGAUAUGAGAAAGUGUGGUACAAGGGAUUCAACUGCAAUGGAGUUCUUUAUAUUUGGACUAUAUACAGCAAAUAUACUUAUAGUAACGUGUUUUAUAUGCUAUUAUUGAAUAUUGUUAAGAUAAGGUUGAAAAUAAAGUUCUCAAAUCGUGUUCUCAGUUGCUUUUUGCAUCUUUGGUUUAAGAUGCUGUAUGUAUUAUUACUGUAUUAUUGCAAUCUAAUCAAUGCAAUGUUAUACUAGCUGUACAGGAAGGUUUGUGUUAUGCUCCGACAUGUUUCUGUUUCUCUGAUUUGCUAAAUUGCUAUUAGAUAUGCUGAGUUUCAGGGUGGUCUGGACUCAAUUUUAUUCACAACAAUGAAAAAUCUUACCAUUUUUUAGAUAUAUCAAUCUAAACUGGUGAAUGUGAGGCACAGCACGUGAAUAAAUGAUAACCAGAAUUUC